CCGCCGUGACCUCCAUGGCGGUGAUGAUGGAUGCUCGCUAUAACAUUGCUUCAGCGACGUGCAUGCCAGAAUCUGCUGCCCUUCGCGUACAGUACCUGGUUCACGGACGCUCAGGAACAGGAGCCAUCGUUCUCAAUACACUUCUAGUCGUACCAUAAUUAGACAAUGCUUUCAUCUCUAUCCCGUGUGGCCUCCUCCCCAGCGAGGUGCGUUCUCGAGCAAGCGUCGCGUCAGACCCCCAAAGUCACGGCAUUAACAGGGGCCGUUCGAGCACUUUCUUCCACACCACCUGCCCAAAAGGAUGUCACACUGCUUCAAGACAAGAAGAGCGGUUUUGGGUUUGCUCGGUCAAACCCGAGACCCCCGAAACCACGGACGAAGGGGGUUACUGAAAUCAGAGGCCCAUACUAUACAGUGAUGGGUAAACGAUACUUGACAGAUGUCCUUGAGACGAUGGGAACUCAUGUGGACGGCUUAAAGUUCGCAGGAGGCUCAUUUUCUCUAUUUCAGGAGAAACCCUUGAGAGAACUGAUUGAUCUUGCUCAUGAACAUGGCGUCUAUGUCUCGACGGGUGGAUGGGCUGAACAUCUACUUACUCACUCGGACGCAAAUGCUGUCUUCGACAAAUAUCUUCGCAAAUGCAAGGACUUGGGAUUCGACGUCAUCGAGCUCUCAUCCGGCUUUCUUUCUUUCCCAGAGGACGAUUGGCUCCGGCUCGUCGAUAAGGUUCACUCUUACAAGCUGAAAGCGAAACCCGAAUUGGGAAUUCAGUUCGGCGCUGGUGGUGACACCCCAGCAUCCGGCUUGGAGGCGAUUGGCACCUCGGACCCGGCCAAGCUGGUCAACCUGGGACGCAAAUUCCUUGAUGCAGGUGUUGAGCGCCUGAUGAUCGAAUCGGAGGGGAUCACCGAGAAUGUGCAGUCGUGGCGGACCGAUGUGGUGUCCACGAUCAUGAAGGAGCUUCCAUCGGAGCGCGUCAUGUUCGAGGCAGCAGACCCUAAGGUGUACAACUGGUACAUCCGAGAGUUUGGCAUUGAUGUCAAUCUGUUUGUUGACCACAGCCAGAUCGUGCAGUUAUCAUGCUUGCGCCAUGGUAUCUGGGGUACGGCCGAUACCUGGGGCAAGAUUGUGUCGUUCCGGCCGGAAGUAUUCCCGACCCGAGGACCUUACGCCAUAAUUGUAUGCUUCGUCAUGCCUAAAGCGAAUACGGCCCCUGGGGCCCGUCUCCGGUGCAGGCGAGCAUGCGACAGCUGCAAGCGGAGGAAGCAAAAAUGCAACGGAGAACAACCAUGUACGAUCUGUAUUCAACGUCGCAAAGAGUCGGAGUGUCAUUUCUCAGACAAACCGGCGAGAUUGCUUAAACCGACCAAUAGCUCGAAGGACACCAUGCUGCUUAGCGAACGUAUAGUACCCACACCCCAGAGGCAGACAGCCAUGGACCGGCUCCUGAACUCGCUCGAAGACCGGAGCGCGAAUCUGGAACAACAAGGUGCAGAUGACAAGGAUGGGAUGGCACCGGUGCCGAAGGUUGCUCGACUUUUGCGCGACGGUGAAGGAAAAUUCAUGUACGUUGGGGACUCGGCCAGCUUGUCCUUUCUACAGAGUGUCCGUCGGAUCGUGUCGUCUUCAAUCGGCCGGUGCGAGUUCACGGAGGACAAUUCGCGGCAUUCGAUGCUCGAGGCUUUUCAGAACGGUCCUACGGCACAGAAAGGACCGUUGAUAUCGCCACCAAGCAACGAAGAGGCUCAGAGGCUCGCCCGUCAAUUUGUUCUUGCCACCAGUCCAUUGCUGGAUCUGUUCGACCUCAACGAAUUUCACCCACGGCUCGCGGACUGGGUCGAGAAUCCGACUGGAGAUGAGGAUACUGUCAGUUCAAUCUUCUAUCUCGUGCUCGCGAUCGGAGCGCAAGUAUCCGAUAUCAAUCAAACCUUGGCCGAGCAAUACUUUGUUAGCGGCCGUCGGUUAGCAUUUUCUGCCUUCACAGAGACCCCAAGCAUACACACCAUCCAGUCGUAUGUCCUAAUCUCGAUGUAUAUGUUAGGAGCAUGUCGACGUAACGGGGCUUUCAUGAACCUUGGGAUCGCUCUCCGGGCUGCGUAUGCGGUUGGCAUCCACCGGAAAGACGCGAAUGCGCUUUUCUGUGCACGCGAACGACGGGCUCGGGAGCGCGUGUGGAAGAGUCUGCGAAUGAUGGAUCUUUACCUCAGUGCCUCCUUGGGACGGCCUCCUGCGACACUGGACUUUGAUUACGAGCUGCGCGAGGACAGUAACUCCGCCGAGGAGCAACAGCGCCUUAACCCGGAAGAGCAGUUAUCCAUGACUGUGAUCUCACUAUGCCACAUUUUCGAACGAAUCCUGACCGAGGUCUACAUGCGCCAGGUGGUCUCAAUCAAUGUCGCAGAGGCCAUUUCAAAUCAGCACCGAGCUUGGGUGCGCAGUCUGCCAAUGUUCUUGCAGGUGCAGACCGAACGCCUGGAUUCCAAAACCCUGGAAGGCACCUUGUCCGCCGCGCACAUUUUCGGUUCUUACUACUGGUCAAUCAUUCUCCUCACUCGGCCAUUUCUCAUAUUUCGAGUGUCCCAAUAUGUGCGAAAUAGAACCGAGGCGACCGGGUCCGCCGACAGCAGGGCCAGCAACUCCCGCAUUGCGCUCUUUGCCGACGCAUGCGUUUACUCGGCCUUGCGCGGGCUCAACAUCGUGGAUGAUCUCUGUCGCUACACAACGCUCCCUCGAAGGCUACCGUUUCUCAUCAACUCCGUCUUCAAUUCAGCUGUGGUUCUCGGAGCCGCUUUCUUCGCCGACUACGACAACCUCCUCCCGCUUGAGGAAGGGAUGGACAAGGCUGAGAAGUUCUUAGGACUCUUUGUGCCCCACGAUCCACAUGCAUGUCGUUUCUUCCAGAUCAUCAAAUACCUCCGAGGCGCAGUAGCAGAGUACGUCCGUCGACGGAACCGACAGUGGAUGGAGCGUCGCAGCCGACAAGUCGACCAGCUCUUCGGCCAGGUUGGGCCCUCCAACGAACCCCCGGCUGCAGAAACCAACACCCCAACAAGCCACCGCGGAGACCAAGCCGCUGUCCCAUCUCCUCUAUCUUCCGACAAGCUCUCCGGGGCCUCCAUCUCUCAGCCGCCGGACCUAUCCACCAGCACCACCACCGGCCCAACCGAUGGCGACAUCUGGGACACCCUCUGUGGCGCGCAAGGUGCUGGCAAUCUUCCAUUCGACACCGCUAUCUCUACUCUCACAACAACCGGGAUCCCAAUCGGCUGUUCCGCAGGCGGUACCAUCCCUAUCGGAGGGAUCCCGCCGGAGGCUCCGAGUGCCCAAACCCCGCUGUCGGACGUGAUCCUCCCGGACAAUGGCCUCCUCUACAUGGCUGAAGAUCUUCCCGUCUUUGGGAUCUGGGAAGACGCUUGAUAUCCUACUUAUACCCAUCGUCUAUUCUACCCUACGGGGUCUGUGGUCUAAUUCCUGCACAUACAUCUACCCCCUGGAUACAGCACCUGGCACGCCCAUUCUUAUUCUUCUUACCCUUCCCCCAAUCCGAUCAUGACCCACCCAGACACGACUACCCAUGACAAACAUCACCUUCCUCAUUCUUAUUCUACCCUUAAAACACAGACACCUAUCCUGACCUUCAUACGUGAUCGGGUUUGGCUUGACGUUGGAGUCAUGACCUACUCAUAUAUAUAUAUUUAUGCAACAUAUCCAUCCACGUCUAUACAUAUCAAAUCAUUAUCAUUAUCAUCAUUAUUUACUUUAUGUAUAUACCUACAUCGAUCGAAUUCGAACUUAU